AUGGAAUGCAAACAAAUAAUUGAGCAAACUGUUUUGUUCCAUUUCCUGCCAGAGCUCAGCGCAACGCUCAAGAGUCUGACAUCAACCGAGGAUUUUCUCAAUCCUACAGUCCCGGUUAUCCCCUCUCCGAAUGACCCAGAUGCGUACACAGGUUACACGGGUGUAGAAAAUCGACGAGGCUCCCUUGACAGGAAUCAUCUUGGGCACUCUGACCAUCUGGGUCUGCUCGUUGACCACAUCAGUGAAACCUACACUGCGACCGUUCAGCGCCUUGAGCCGCUUCUUCGAGGGGGAAACGACACUUAUGAUCUCCUGAAUAUGGUGUUCAAACCAGGGUGUUAUGUCUAUACCACUUGCUUGGGUACUGGAAAAUCAUUUUGUGAGAUUUUUGAUGCUGACGAGGAAUUGACGACGCUCGGCAUCUUAUAUUACAAGCUGGAAUAUCACUAUCUGGACAACGAUGGACAAGUAUUCGGCGAGGUUGGCAUUGAGCUGGCUAUUGUCGAGUAUCGAGGAUCGAAGCUGAUACAUUUCCUCGAAGCCUUUCCGUUGGCCUACCAUCCAGACCGCAACCGGAUCUGGCAGGAUCUAGUGAAGUGUGGGCGCGACUUUCCUGAGCUUAUUGGUAGCAGCGCAGGAGGUGCUGCGGCUCCUAUUAUGUACUGUCGAGGCACGGCUUUCACCGUGAAAAACGAUAAGGCGAUUGCGAUAAAUAUUGACAGUCGAGUCGCGUUCAAUCGCUUGCAACUGUUAGAAGACAAACGCCACAUCCUUUUGUCAGUAAUAACCUCUCGCCUGUGCAGCAAAGGCGAAGUGGCUUUUGAUGACUUCAUCGAAGGCAAAGGAUGUAGUCUGAAUGUCCUACUUUAG